UGUGAUAACAUAGAUGAUAAAAAAAAAUUUUACGACAUAAAAGUAAUUUCAAGAUUUCGAAAACUAGUGAACAUUUGACUUUCCUCCGUUCAUAUACGUAUUACGUAUUGACUAUAAAUUGACAAAAUGGCCAAUUGGAAUUCCUUAAUACCCAGCCAAUUCAAGCCAUCCGGUUUCAUUUCGGCUCUUCGAGUAUUCUUAGGUGGACGAAAUUUCAAGCCAAAUAUAAGAAUGGUUGAUGAAGUAUCAUCAGCCACUCAACCUCCACCUGAUGUUCCAGGAGGACCUAAUCAUACAGUUUUUAAUAAUUAUUAUUAUGCACGUGACAGUCGUAGAGAAGUUACACAACCAGUACUUAUUUUUGAAAAUAAUUCAAAACUUAUUGAAAAUACUAAGAAAUCAAAUGUUGAACCUGGCUGCCCAUCAAAAGUGCCUCUUCCUGGAAAAGUUUUCCACUGGGAUUAAAAUUAUAUUUACGUAUAGUAGUGAAAAUGUAUUGAAUUAUAUAUAUAAUCAGUAAAUUUAAAUAAACA